AUGGGACAGUCUGCAAACCAUCGAGAUAGUGAUGAGAUUACAGUAAUCACUCAAACAGAACAUCUACUAAGGAAACCAGUAACGACAGCAUUGCCGUUGGCAUUUAACAAGUCAAAGGCAAACACGAGUGUUGUUCCGGAUAAACCGGCUAAACUGCAGACACCAACAACCAAAGUGAUGCCAAGUGACAACUUUCAUUUAGACACCCGUAAACAAGAAUAUGACGCAUUGGAGCGACGAUAUGCAGACAUGUUGUUGAAAGUGGAGGGAAUUGGAGCAGAGAACCAGCUACUUGUUCACGAGCUCGAGCACAGGAAAGCUGACUUGGAAGCAGCUCAAAGGGAGAUCCAAACCGUUGCAAGGGCCAUGGGGGAGAUGGAAGUGGAAAAAGAGUGUCUCAAAGAUCUCAUUAACCAGCAAGAAGAGUUUUACCAGAAAACUGUUGAUUGUUUGCAAAAGAAAAUCAACCAACUACAACAUCAAAGUGAAGCAGUUGGCAACACACUACCACAGGUCAACACUGGUGACCACAGUAGGGACCUUUUGGAGGAGAAAUACGACAAGCUUGUGCGAGACUACAAGGUGUUGCAAAACCAGUUUGAAGUGGAGAAAAACUCAAAGCUUGCUCUAAUGGACCAAAUUGAGUUUUUAAACCGCCAGUGUGAACGCUUGGCUAGCCAAGUGAGACCAAGUAGUGAAAAAACAGUUGCAGCAUUGGACAGAGAUAUUGACGCUCUCAGUCAUCACUCCAAUUACUCAUUGCUCAAUUUUUCAGAAAAACACAUUGACAGCAGCGAGGGCGAGUUGGAUCUUCUUAAUCAUAGCAUGCAGGAGGAUCCCCACCACGACUCUUCCUGUCUCAAGGACACCUCCACGGGCUCAAUCAAGGUGGCUCAUGGCUUUCAGUUCCCGCCCGCGGAAACCGCCAUUCUUCCUCCAUCUCCAGACCCAGAGUCGAAAAACCGCAAACGCAGGUCCUUGCCCACGUGUUUGAAAUCAAAACCAAAAGUGCCCGAGCCGACGGAUUUUGUGCUAUCUCCGUUCAAACUAGCACCAAGCAACUCGAUUGAAGAUGCCGGUGUGUUUGAGCAAAUGGCCGAUGCAACUGUCAAACGGUACUCAUCAACAAAGCCAAACCACGUGCGAUAUAACAGUCACGAUAUAAUACCCGUCAAAGUCGAGUUUGAAGAGCAAAAUGGAACGAGGGUAUCAUCCAUGCCUCAGGGCCAAAGCUCGAAACGGCACCUGCUGAUAUUCGAUGUGAUUGAGGAGUCUGUUGACGUUGACUCCAGCAAGUCGCGCCACCGAGAGGGGACCUUGUUUGCAUUGAAUGGAUACAUGAGACCCGAAACUGACACCGAGGGCAACAACCGCUUUUCAUUCGACGACUCUGAACUGUCUUCCAAGAGAUCCAGCUGUUUAAACUCGGACAGCCGCACAAGACAGGAGAUUACAAAACUCAAAUUCGAACUACAAUCACUCAAGCUACAUAAUGAAAAGUUGCUCUCCUACAUUGGCUUUGAGCUACAAAAGCAAAAAAAGAACAUCAAGCGGUUGGCCAAGAAACAGUCGUUGACCUCAUUACGGCAGAAUGGCUACGAAUACUCCGAUGCCAAGUUGAUCAAAGACUCGCGCGACUUGUUGAUCAACAAGAAACGCGUGCUAAGGUCCGUUUCCAUCAACACUGUCUUGCACAAUGCCAGAGACGCAAAUACGCCAUUUUCGAUGAGUCCCGUGGGGUUGAUUUGCGAUGCCAGUCACGUGCCCAACCCAGACGAGCAAUACAUUGGCAACUUUGACAUAUUCGAACUAGAUGAAGACCAAGACAGCCCGCGUCAGCACGCGCAAAGUAAUUUUGUCAACGACCGGAUCGUCAAGAAAUUUGCCUCUGAAGUGUUUGAGCGGUCCGAGUUGUAUCCGCUAAGUGAGAACGAGAGCGACGCAGCAGAGUAUGAGAACAUGACCUGGCAGUUGAACGCGGCGGACGACGAAGCUGAAGAGCAGCAGCUGAGCGAAUAUGCAUCGUCUUCUUCUGCGUCUUCCGAAGGGGAAGUUGGGAUGUUGAACCAGAUCAAGCAUCUAGUGAUGGGGGGAGCCAAGGAAGCGAAAUCCAAGAGGAAAUCAAAGAACAGGGACGCGCUCGUGGAUGACAAUUUAAAGUUCAAGUUUCUCACCAUUGCGCUUGGGAUUGUCAUCAUUGGGCUCAAGUUAACGCCUCAAUCGCACAACCCAGCGGCAAAAUAG